AUGCAUCUGCUACACAGCAUCAUCUGCCUGACAGUACUCUGCCUCGCUACGAUCGCUAGUUCUCCGGCGACCUUCUCCGUCUCGCGGAAUUCAGGACAUUUGUCCACUCAAUCAUCGCCUCUGCGUAACUCUCCCAAUGCUGAACUGUUGUCACAGCUCUUCCAGGACCCUCGAGUGCUGAACUGUCUCGACAGGAAUUGCGACUCGCCCAUGCAAGCCUGCGAAUGGUCUUGCAAUCGAACUGACCAUUCGGAAGGGAUGAACAAUGAUGCUGCCGACGAUGAUGCUCCUCUGGAUCCGGUCUGGACACGGGAAACGCGCGGUUCAUGCCUGAGGCAUUGCAGACGGCGAGCUGAGGAGUGCAUUUACGGUUGCAUCGCCCGGAUCUUUUGA